ACCUAUGGGCAGACACAUCAGUUGGAGUUGAAUUGGCGAUCAGUUCGCUUUACAGGGAGAUUCUGCAGGCUAGGACAAAAAGAGACGGGAUUUGGAGGCGACCGGGAGCGACUUUUUCUAUCCUAUCAUUUUUGCCUUUUGCUGUGUUUUGAGUUCGUGAAGAUCUCUUCCGAUGAGAUGGCCUUCCCUCAGUUAGGGUAUCCUCAGUAUUUAAGUGCGAGCCAGGCUGUGUACGCUGCCGAUCGGCAGGGAGUGCUGGCUUCUUCCCGAGGAGGAGCCGAGCUUGGGGCUAGCCCCACCGCCGCUGCUGUAACCUCGGUACUUGGAAUGUACGCAAACCCUUACACAGCCCAGAACUACAGCGCUUUCCUCCCCUACACCACCGAUCUCACCAUGUUCUCCCAAAUGGGAUCACAGUAUGAAUUAAAGGAUAACCCUGGUGUUCACCCGGCAACGUUUGCAGCACAUGCGGCUCCUGCUUAUUAUCCUUAUGGGCAAUUUCAGUAUGGAGAUCCUGCCAGACCCAAAAACGCAACCCGGGAGAGCACAAGUACGCUCAAAGCCUGGCUGAACGAGCACAGGAAGAACCCUUACCCGACUAAAGGAGAAAAGAUCAUGCUGGCCAUCAUCACGAAGAUGACCCUGACCCAGGUCUCCACCUGGUUCGCCAACGCCAGGAGGAGACUCAAGAAAGAGAAUAAAAUGACUUGGGGUGCUCGGAAUAAAAGUGAUGACGGUACUCUCUACGGCAGCGAUACUGAAGGGGAAAAUGAGAAAAAGGAGGAGGAUGAGGAGAUUGACUUGGAAAGCAUCGACAUCGAUAAAAUUGACGAAAACGACGAGGAGCAAAGUAAUGAAGAGGAGGAGGAAAAACUGAACCUCAGUAACGAGGAGGAGAAGGCAGACAUGGAGAGGGAGCAUAAUCGAACAUUGCAGGGAUCUGAAGGUGACAGUAAAGCAAAGGAGACGGACAGAGAAGAUGGAAGUAUUGCUGAAAACAAUGGCACCAGGGGUGUAUCUCUAGCACAGGGAAAUUUGCUAAUCCCAAAUCAUAGUAAACCCAAAAUCUGGUCUUUGGCAGAGACUGCAACCAGCCCGGACAGCGCCCAGAAAUGUUCCCCGUCCAGCCACACGCCGUCGACCAUUCAGCACCCAGCUUUUCUCUCAAACCACGGACUCUAUACUUGUCAGAUCAGCAAGUUUCAUAACUGGACAAACGGCGCUUUCCUGGGCCAGAACUCUUUGCUAAAUGUCAGAUCGUUUCUGGGUGUAAAUCAUCAUCAUCAUCAUCAUCAUCAUCAUCCACAACAUCCUCAGCAGCAACAGCCUUCUGUGCUAACAGCAGCCCUGGGAGCAGUGAGCAAUGAAAAAUCAACAGACAUCCCCAGCCCAAAACACACAGAAGGAGAAUGCAUUCCAGGCGAAUCUCCAUCACAACCGCUAAAAAUAUCAUUUCAGCCCGUAAAUGAAAGCUCACGGCCCCAGCAGGAAGGAACACGGGUUCUAGCAACCAUCUCUUCCGUCUGAAGAAGUGUUACCGUUGAAAAAAGAUUUUUUUUUACAAAAAGCUAAUUUUGCUUCAGUUUUCUUGCCGCAGUGUCGAAUACAAAGUCCCUUUCAAAAACUUGACAAAUAUGGAACGAUUUGUUUGACAUUGUAACAUAUCUGCACGUGUUAUUCUAAUUGAUUUUUUUUCCUGACUCGAUCAUUGUUGGUUUGGUAAUUAUUUUCCCACGUUCCGUGUUUUUUUAUGUAUAUAGAGUGAUUAUAAUUGUAAAUAAGCGCGUGAGCAGAACUUGUCAGAAUCAUAUAUUUUUGUCUAAUAAACUGAAGAAAUUAGAUCAACCUCCUAUCUCCACGUAACCUUACGUGACUUUGUAUUGAUUUUCAAAGCGUCACAUUUUGCAGGAUUUUGAAAGGAAUGGCAGUGUAUUCAGGAUGGGACGCUGAAGAAAACAGCCAGAACUUAUUUUUGAAUUCAUGGUUUUAUUGCUGCUUUCCUGACUAUUUUAUCUACAACGCAACAUUAAUACUAAAGGGGAGGGUACGAGAAAUUGACAUUAAAACACUGUUCCAAACUAAAGUUGCGAUCUCAGCAAAGUAAAUGUCCCAGUGUUUAUUCUCCUGGUCCCCUAUGAAACCAAUCAGUGACCUUUAAGGUGCUACUAACUCGACAGAUGGCUGCUCCUGGUGGAAAAGGGGGAGCUCAAUGAAGCAAACAGCUGCUAAAGCAAUUAAAAAAUAAUAUGGCAAGUCUGUGUCCAAACAGGGAGG